AUAGGUACAUUUCAAAAUAUCACUGUCCUGGUCACAAAAGCAAAGUUUGUGGGGAAUAAUAGCCAUUUUCUGUACUUUUGAGGCAUAAGCAAUUGGAAAAUAACACUUACUACCCAGGAACAAAAAUCGUGUUACAUAGCAUAAUAAUCGCGAAUUUCCCAUCUCUUUUACACGGAAUUAAUGACCAAGACUCAAUGAUAUAGAUUUUAAUGCUUACACUGCAAUAGCAUUACAACGGUUAUUAAUGUGCAGUUUAAUCUGAGUUAUUAAUGUGCAGUUCAAUCUGAGUUAUUAAUGUGCAGUUUAAUCUGAGUCACCAUCACCAGGGAGCACAGGUCUCCUUGGCUCCUCCACAUGGACCCCCCUUGGCUACUCCACAUGGACCCCCCUUGGCUACUCCACAUGGACCCCCCUUGGCUACCUGCACCCUUGAACUUUGCGGGGAGUUGGUGGCGAUGCAGACAGCCCGAAAUGCAUCAUUUGUGCAGGAGUGGUGUUGGUGGAUCACACAAAGGUCGUGAAAACUCCCCUUCCCGUGCGCGUCCAGGAGGUGCCGUACCCUGGCUCGCUAGGACAAGGCAGUACAAGGCAGUGGACUAAUCUCCAUCCGUUUCCAUCUGUACGGGGACAGAGUGUUGUCAUUGGGGUGCCACGAUGGCAAGAUGUUAACCACCUCGCCCGGUAUAUGGGAGGUCGUGUGUUCGAUCCCGACCCUUAUGUCUGCUGUAUAUUUGGAGUUUGGGUGUGUCUCUCUCCCUGUGGUCGUGUGUAUCUUUCCCCGGGGCCUCCGGUUUUCCCCUCCACAUUCAGAAUCAACAUCACGCGUUUAGAGUCUUUUGCUGCUAUCAAUUUUCACGUUGAUAACGUUGAGCUAUCGUUUGUGAUAGCCCGGUCGCUUUUGAAAAAGAGAUGUAGCAGCUCAAUUGGCCUUUAUUAUGUUUUAUUGUUAUUAUUUUAUUAUUUCCCUUCUACGUGACUUUACCGAAAGAACCAAGAAGAUGGCCUUACCUGGUAAAAUAAAAAUGUGUUUGUUAUAAUUACAACUAAUGUUACUUCCACCCCGUCUCGUCGGAUGUCCGCACGCGUCACCCACAGCAGCGCCACGCUUGACGGUGUGGGGGGGGGGGGUGCCAUGGCACGACCGUCCCAGCAGUCGUCGGUGUUCGACGAUCGAAGGGACCGCGACCGCCUGCCGCCGCACUACAAGGAGUCGUACCGCCUGGCCAUCGACGUGCUGGUGGAGCGGGGACGCGACGCCUUCCGCGACUUCCUGCAGCGCGAAGGCACCGUGCCCUUCCUGUCCGAGCAAGAGGUGGAUCACAUUGAGAGCACGUUCCAGUCGCCCGCUGUCACGACCCGGGGAGACGAUGGCGACGAGGUGGGCCAGGACUUUGGGAGCUCGUCGUCGGGCACGUACUGGCCCGUGUACUCGGACACGUCGGCACCGGACCUCGAGCUGGGCUGGCCGGCUCCCGGACGCUUCCUCGGGCAGACGAACGUCACGCUGCACUUCCACCCGCCGCUGGGGAACGGGGUGCCGACCAUCAAGGAGGUCAUACGCAGGCACAUCAGAGGGGCCUCUAAGGUGGUCGCCGUGGUGAUGGACGUCUUCACGGACGUGGACAUCUUCCAGGAGCUGCUGGAGGCGGCCAACGUGCGCCGGGUGCCGGUCUACGUGCUGCACGACCGCCUCAACUUCCCCCUGUUCCACGACAUGUGCCUCCACCACGGCCUGCGCGCCGGCGAGCUCGAGAACGUACGAGUGCGGACCCUGCCGGGAUCGCUCUACUUCUGCAAGUCUGGCGCCAAGUUUCACGGCCAGGUGUUCGAGAAGUUCAUGCUCUUCGACUGCGUCACGGCCCUGUGCGGUUCCUACAGCUUGACGUGGUCGCACGAGAAGAUCCACCGCAGCCUUGUGCACGAGUUCACCGGCGAAAUGGUCGAGACGUUCGACGAGGAGUUCCGGGUUCUGUACGCGCAGUCGUCCUGCCCCUACGGCGACUCCUCCGCGCUCGCCAUCCCCAGCCAGGUGCCCCCGCCGACCAGGGGCCUCCAGGGCCUCCAGGGCCUCCGCGGGGCGCCUCACCUGGGCCUCGCGCUGCAAAUCGAAAAGCACGACUCGUCCGUCGACUCGUGGGUGUCGUCCACGUCGUCCCGGCGCGCCCUGGACCAGCAGACCCUGAACUUCACCCACCACGACUUCAUGCGACGCCCGAUCGACAGCACGUACGCCAGGAUGGAGGCCCAGCAUCUCCGGCGGGAGGAUCGCUACACGUUCACGGCGAAGCAGGAGGUGCUGAGCGAGAAGGAGUACCGGGGCGUGGCCAACGUGUCGCAGCGGUUCGUCGCCAACGCCCAGGUGUUCGCGGGCGAGAAGGAGGUGUGGAAGCGGUACAGCUACGCGGGCGAGGCCACGGAGUCGCACUCGUUCCUGCAGCGGAUUCAGGACCCGUACUCGUUCGCCUCGGGCCGCGGCGCCCUGGAGCCGCGUCCGAGGAACAUCGGCGGCGUCCUCCCCGGGCAGGAGUUCCGCCGUCUCCAGGGCGGCGCCGGGGCCUACGGAGACCGCUUCGGCGAGGGGCGAGGGGACGACGUGUUCGGGGAUGACGGGGCUGCGUUCCCAGACUCCGCCGGGAACGCGAAGCGGAUAACGGCGGCGGCGGAGGAGGAGGCGCGCGACAUUUCCCAGCAGCAGCAGCUGGCGCCGUACAAUCAGCGAAAGAAGAGCGAGUUCCCGGCGCAGCACCUCAUGAACUCGCGGCGGGAGGCGUGGCAGGGACAGCCGGGCAAGGCGGACGGCGGCCGCAGCGGCGCGCAGCAGACGUUCGCCUGCCAGACGUCGCCGACGCAAACCCAAAGCUUCCAGGAGGAGGGGCCGUUCGCUAAGGCGGGCGCGGCGAGCAGGGCGAGGGAGGGCGACGCGGGCGGCGCUGAGAAGUCCGCCAAGCAGGGCCUCCGACGUUGGCGGAUCAAUUCGUUCCUGAGCUCCUGCGAGAAUCCCGCGGAGGCCGAGGCGGGCAGGGCGGAGGACGACCCCAGGCUCGACGGCGAGGCGCGGGUCGGGGAGGGCGAGGCGCGGAGCGGGGAGGGCCGCGGGUCGCCAGCCGCGGACGCGGCGGUCGCCGGCUUUGCGGACGGCCUGACGAGGCACGAAUCGCUGCGCUCCAAGAUCAGUCCCAUGUUGCAGAGGAACUCCAGGUUGCGCUCGUCGCUCAUCUUCAACUCCGCUCGGCAGGACGCGGGAGCGUCGGAGCAAAUCGCGAAGCGGGGCCCGGGCAAUUCCGGCGGGGCGGCGACGGCGGCAGCCGACGAGGUGGCGGCCGAGGCGCCGGCUGGCGGUUCUUCCAACGCGGCCGAGUUGAAGGAGAAGGACGAGCAGACGGCGGUCGCUCUGCCCGCUUCGGACCUCCAAUCGAAGUACGCGCCCAGGGAGCCGUUCGUGAGGUCGAGGUUCCUUUUCAGCAGCCUCACGAACCGCAAGGCGGCGACCGCCACCGCGGAGGAGGAGGUCCGGGCGGCCUCGGACAAGGUGGGCCCCGUCGCCAGGCCGGACUCGCACAUCAAGGAGCUCUUUCCAAAGCCGCAGCCCUUGGCCGAGAGUCGCACGGCACCCGCGGGGAGCGCCGUUUCCAAGAUAAACCCCUCUCCGGGAAGCGAACAGACGAAGUUAACCCAGAUCCAGCAACGUAAUGAAACGAUUCCGGCUCGGUCAAAGUCGUCGUCGUCGUCGGCCGACACGGGGGCCCAGGUGACGAGGAGGGUGACGGACAGCGCUGCGCAAGACGUGAAGCCGGACCCGGCGAGCGACGGGGCGAGCCGAGCGUCCGCGGAGAGAGCGUCACGGCUCCAGGAGCUUCUCGACAAAACCAACAACAAGAAGGAGAAUUCCCCCGAGAAGGCGUCUCCUGUAAACGCGACCGUGGAGAGAGCUUCCCCUCGAGAGCCGUGCAGGCCGAGCGCUCCGCCCGCUGCCAGCCCCACCUCGGCAAAGGUGCCUCCGGCGCAGGACGCGGCGUCCGGCGUCUCCCGAGCGCCGGCAACGAUCGGCACGUCGGAGCUGAGCCCUUCCCCGGCCUGGCGCAGCAGCAGCACCUCCACACCCGUCCUGUACGGCAGCAAUCUGAAAGACGACACCAAGGUCAUGUUGGAGCAAAUCUCGCUGAGCAGCCACAAGUACAAGGACGACAAUCACAAGGCCGCGCGGGGGGACGAUUCGGCGAGGUUACCGCGGGAUGCCGCGGGUGGCGGAGGAUCGAGCGUUGCCAGCCCGAAGGAAGCCGCUCCGAGCCAGGCCUCGCCCACGACCACCGCUCCCGCAGCCGACGAGGACAGGUCGGACGAGCUCAUCCGGAACCUGGAGAGCAAGCGCAAAGAGAAUCGUGCCUACAGCCGCUUCGAGGUGUUCUACAAGACGGAAGGAACGGAGGCCAAGCCAAAGGGCGUCUCCCCCGUCGUCUCCCCCGUCCAUGUCCCCGAUCAGUCGCGAUACGUGCCCGAUAGGAACCGGGCGAUGGAGCAGCCCUUGAGCAACAGCCUCUUGCAGAAAAUCAAGGUUACGUUUAAAGGAAAAAAUUAAUAACCCUCCCCGGCCUUGCCAUACAGAAUUGUCGUCGUUGCUUGAAACUACAGUUGUGAAAUUAUAGUUGUCGCUCUCCGUCGGCAUGAGCCGACAUGAAGAAGAAUGGGGAGGGGGGGGGUGGGGGAGCGGCUUCGUCGCAAAAGAGAGAGGCGCUUCACAAACGGCAGGUGGCGAUGAAGCACAGCUCGCACGAUGGCUUCGCCACGUGGCGAUUUUUAUUGCGCCCAAAAGCACAGCCGCUGACUGCGCCGCCAAGGAGUCGAACGCCUCCCACGUACAGCGAGCAAGGGUCGCAGUUUGGCCGGGGGGCAGUCCUGGUAGUGAGCGGGGGCCACCUGAAUCGUGGGUGGGGGUCGCCUGAAUCGUGGGUGGGGGUUGCGAAGGAAGUCGGUGGGGCCAAUCGCCGUGGCCAGAGCUCGCGCAGUUGUGGGUUGUGGCUUUGUAGAAGUCGGCAGGGCUCACCACCAUGUAUCCCGGUUAAGCCUCCCAGAAAAGUGUGUUCCUUCCCAGAUUUAAAGCCGAUAGAUGGGUUACUUGAGUAAUAAUAAUAAAUAAAAACAUUUCGGUGCUGUUGUACAGUACAAUAUAUACAUAUCCGUGUGUUGGGGUUACAUGUAUACUCACAAGUAUUGUUUAUUCUAUGCGUGUGUGUGUGUAUAUAUUGAGCUUGCACUUGGGAUUUUAUCAUACUGAGAAGUCCGUGAAAACCAUGGGCAGAAGGGUGGGGCAGUGGGUAACACCUGAACCUCGCAGCAAGAUGUACCUGAGUUCGAGUCUCCACUCCGGGGGGGAAUCUUUCAGCGUGGAGUUUGUGGUUCACCUCGUGUUCUGCACGGAUUCCCUCUCGGUUGUCCACUUUCUAUCCAAAAACAUACAAUGUAACCGGCAGAGGUGGGACAAAGUCAUUGUUAUGCAAGUCCAAGUCGAGUCUGAAGUCAUCAAAUUCAUGACUCGAGUCCAAGUCACAUGACUCGAGUCCACACCUCUGAUAACCGGUAUUGGCUAAAACACGUCGCGGUGCAGAAAAGUUACCCGCGGGCUACUCGGUUGGGAUUACACGCAGCAGCAACGUUGCCUCCUCCUGCGAAAAAACCUGGCAGGACUCUCCUGAAAGAGACUUGGGACUCAUUGAAGCAUUCCUGGCUGAGAAUACACGUAAUAAUCAUGAAAAUAUUACAUGUCCAAAUGAGCCAUAGGGCGCCACGGUGGCGAGAUGUUGACUACCUCGCCUGGUAUUGAGGAGGUGCGUGGGUUCGAUCCCAAACCUGACGCCUGUAUAUUUGGAGUUUUCAUGUUUCUCCCCGUGGUUGCGUGGAUUUUUCUCCGGGUCCUCCGUUUGUUUCCUCCACAUGUAUGAACGCACUUGCAGAGCAGUGGUUCUUCACCUUGACUGCAGCCUUGCACCCCAGGUUAAGAACCACUGCUUUAGAGUCUUUGGCUGCAGUAAAUUGAAAAAGAGCUCUAUAGCUCAAUGGCCUUCCAUGGUAAAAUAAAAAAAUAUAAAAAACUUCAAACAUGGCCAUGUGCCACGGCUGCUGCUGCCACUGCCUGAGCACGAGUUUCGAGUUUUUAACCAGGUGAGGAUUCAUCGAGGGGCAAGGAUGAGUUUUUUUGCGACGGUGACCUGGGUACAGGUACGUGCACUGUUGGCCUUGCGUGCUUGACGUGGCAGCAGGGCCUGGAGUUAGUGGUGACUGGGCUGUGUGUGCGCAUGUGCACACGGAUCUUGUCAUUCUAGUUUAGAGGUUGGGUUUUUUCUAUAUUGUGUUGUGUGUGUGUAUAUAUUAGCGUUUUAUAUAACCCAUUGUUAAGAGCCUGUGUGGCAUUGCCAUUGUGCCUCUUGUCAACAAGUGGAACCUCAAUUCCUCGUGGUCACGGGCAGCCAGCGGCGUAGCUAUCGAGUGGGGGGCGCCUCAGUGGCAAGAUGUUAACUGCCUCGCCUGGUCUACAGGAGGUCGUGGGUUCGAUCACGACCCUUACGCCUGCUGUUGAUUUCGAGUUGGCAUGUGCUCCCUGUGGUCGUGUGGCUUUUAGAAUCAACAUCACGCGUUGAUUAUUUGGCUGUUGUCAAUUUCCACGAGAUAAGCCAUUUUAGUUGACCUGUCAUUUAGUGGCCAGAUCGCUUCUGAAAAAUAGCUACCAUAGCUCCGAGCCUUAGCUGGUAAAGUAAAAAAGAGUUUCGUUUGUCUAGUGCACAGGGGGGCCCACGUGGGCCGAAGGGGCCCAGGUGCCAGGCUUCUGAAGUUGGGGGGGUGGAUUGGACGGAGGUGGCCCAUUCCGUUCGUCGCUCCGAGUGGCCGUGCCUACCAACGCUACGAGACUGUUCGCCGCCGAGUUUGCCUUUGUGUCGUCGUGGCAAUAAACACUGCGUUUUGUUUUGAAUGACCACAAGUGCUGUUUUGCGCGCACAUAAUGGGGGAUGCGCUCCGUGUGGCGCUCGCGGCAAAGCUUGCGACGUUGACGCAACGUUGGCGUUGGAGCAGUCGGGCCAGCGUUGGGUCCCAGCAGCGUUCCACGUCGUCCGUGUGAAUUCACUCUGCACUUCCCCCAAUGCAGAAUCUGUCCGGUCGCAUAAAGCACCGCCGCCGCCAAGGGCUUUCCCUCUUGCUUUGUCACGUAAAGCGUCGCAGGCCAAGGUCGAGAAGUCGUCUCGGCCAAUGCUGGUGAUGUCCACCACACCUUGCUGCCACUGCUUUCUUUUUUUGCUUUUCCAGUCCAAUUUUUUGGAUCUGCCCCCUGGUUGCCAACGCCCGCCUCUGUCGCCUGCCUCGACCCAGCAGCCCUCGCGCGUCCCACCCGUCGCCAUCUCCACAUCACGAUUGCGUCUGCGACACUUGGCCCCACCGCGUUCAGUGUCAGAACUUUCAACCUCAUUACCCUCAGUUUAGCCGUGACAUUCCGAGGCGUCGUCUCGGCCACGCGCCGUGUAUUCGAAGGAUCGAGGGUGCUGUUUCCCAGCUGCUCUGCGUGAAAGCCAACUUCGGCCCCAAAGUAGUCACCCGUGUCCGUCUCAACACCGAAGCUUGGAUUGAUUUUUUUAAUAUUAAAAACGACAAACAUCGCGGUAAUGUUACCGUGUAACAAGGAUCCUUGACAAGCAAAAGCCUCUGCAAAGGUACCACAACAGCGACGAAUUCAAACGGCAUCAUGAGCGACGGUUAUGGUAAAAUAUAAAGCAGAUAGCUAGACCGGUUCGUUCAGAUUGUUCGAGAGGCUGGUGCACGCGAGACAAAUAACGAAAUGGUGGGGAAAGUCGGAACGGUGGUGCAGGAGAGGGGACUGAGGAUUAAAUAUCACGAUUUGACCUAUGAACAUCUUAGUUUAUUGACCUUUCCUCCGAUUAGCACGGUUGGUUACGUACGGUGCGAAAGAAGUGCAUGCAUUACUUUGUCACGGCACGUGGGCCACAUGCUGCCCCCUACAGUUUGAACCAGACGUAGCUCUGUGGUAUCCGCUUCCGCGUGUUGCCGAGAGAUCCGCAUGGAGUCUCCGUCUCGCGGCGCACCGCACUGAGAGCACGGUCGGUGUGGAGAUGAGAAGAAGAUUGACACUAAAUAAAUAUCCCCUUGCUCGUGGCCAAACCGCUUCCAGUUCCACGACC